AUGGACGGCGAGCUGCUUGCAUCGUCGCUGCUGGAGGGACCCUUCAGCAUCACUGGCAGGCGCUGCCUGGGGGCGCGGGAGGUGGUGGACUUAUCCCAGGCCUCCCUGGGCCUGCGGCAGAGCUGGCUGGAAGCACUGCAGGAGGAGAAGGCGGAGGUGAUUGACGAGCGCGCGCUGGAGCUGUUGCAGCACAAGGCGAGACAGUCGGACUUCGAGUCGGCAGCCUUCAAUUUUAAGAAGAGCUUUUUGACCGAUGACGAGAUGGAGCUCCUGUGCUCCAGCGCCAGGUUCUGCAUCGCCAUGAGCGAAGUCGCAGACUUCUGCAUCAACGUCAAUGAAGUGGGGGACCGUGGCAUGUGUGCCCUUGCACGCGUGGGCACCAUGCUCCCCUUCCGUGACUUGGCGGACUUCUUUGCGAUAGACAACCAUAUCGGGGAUGAUGGCAUCAAGGCUUUGGCACAGGCGGCCUCUGAGGGAGCACUGCCUAGCCUGAAGCUCAUGUACCUCUACAGCAAUUGCAUUGGUGAUGCGGGCUUCACCGCCUUGGCGGAGGCGGCGGCCUUGGGCGCCUUUGCCCCCAACGGCCUGGAGACGCUACUGGUCAUGGACAAUGACAUCUCGGACAAAGGCGUCCUGAGCUUGGAAAGGCCGAUGCGGCUGGGCAAGCUCAGGCGCUUGCGGGAGUUUGGCGUCGGGAACUCCAUGGCUGACCGAGGCUUGCAGGUCUUCUUAGAUGCGUCUCUUCGUGGAGAGCUUCCACAUUUGCGGGAGCUGCACCUCACCCACAACCCCCUCACGGACCUUGGGCUCAACGAGCUGCUGAAGAGCCCCUUGCAGCUGAGCCAUUUGGGCUUGGAGGGCACCAGGACCAGCGGCUCGGCCCAGGAUUUUCGAGAGCCGAUCACUGGGAGGGGAGCAGCCGCUGCCGACGCGCCGUCCUCGACAUGUUGGAGAGGUCCCGCGCGCCUGCGCAAGAGGAUGGCUGAAAAAGACGCGGCCUGCAGCGCGGCGCGGAAGCUCUGGCUGGGUGCGAAGUUUGGCGCUAACUAG